AGUGCUCCCAAACUGAUACUCACCGAGAUAACGCACAUUUAAGCGGCACCCAAACCAUCCAACUACGUAUAGAACCCCAUGCACAGAACGCAGCGAUGUCCUGCAUCAACUAUCCGUCUAAUUAUCGGGUAAUUAUGGAAACACCCAUAUCCACUAUCAGUAAUCAGCCAACAACAGCUGAGCAGCCGUUAACUCCGGUGCAAUGUUCCUGUCAGCGUACUUUCCAACAGCCAAACCAACAUCAUCAAUCCGCAUAUCCGCCGCCGCAGACUCCGCAGUCAACACAACAGCCGCCACAUGCAACGCCGCAGCAGCAGCAAAUACAACAAUUGCACCAGCAGCAGAAGUCAUCACUUCAACAACAACAACAACACCAGCAACAACAACAAAUUCAGUUGUAUCAGCAACAACAACAGCAAUUGCAACAGUUUGUAAACUGCUUAAAUCAACAGCCUGUUGAGCAGGUUUCGGCCAGCAAAUCCAGUCAACAAGAUUCGCAAAAUUCGCAAGCUUCUACUGUAACAACAGCCGGUCUUUUCAGCAAAGCCUAUUGCAUUCGCUCGACAUCUGAAUCAGGUGGCCAGCUGAGCUGUCGCUGUCCAUUUGAAAUUUCGAUAUCCUCGGCACAUCCACCGGCAAGGCCGUCCUAUGAAAUACGUUUACCAAGUGGCAUGGCAUCGUCAAAUUAUAGCGGUAGAAAUAACUUGAGUGAGGAAGAGUUCUAUUCUCUGAGUUCGGCAUCUUCAGAUCGGGAUGAUUGCAUGCCAUCGGCAGCGGUGAAAGGAAAAGCUAAAAGUGGCAGUAAAACAAAGAAUCGUUUUGCAGACUGCGAAUGCUCGCCAUCAACGCAAGAGAAUAAGACCAAGGCGAGCGCGAACGCGAACCCUCCACGAAAUGUAGCUAUACUUCAGUUGCUCCGCGAAGUCGUACAGUUAAUCAAUCAGGGUGACGAGAACGGUACUGGCUGUGGUUGUGGCGUUGCAACAACAAAAAUGCGGAAUAUCGGCGCACUUGGUUCAGAAGAAUCGAUGGCCGAUAAUGGUCCAUUCAAUUCCGGUUUUAAAAUAACAUUCACACCAAGCCGUAAAGGUACCAGUCCAAAUCAAUCGAUUGCGCAUUCGGAAAUGUCUGAGCCACAACCUGUAGGUCAGCCUGUUAAUAUACCACUACAGUUGCCAUGUAAUCUGAUAAUCACACCAAAUUUGCUAACUUGUGCACCUUGCUCACCAUGUGUACCUUUGUCUAAUGUGGCGAUCCCACCGCCGCAGAAGAUGCAAAUCACUGCUGGAUCCGAAGCGCCGACAAAGUCUUUGAAGAAGGUAAAGGUUGGCGAAAAGAAUGCAGAAGGCUAUUGCGGCACCAAGGGCAUGCCCUGCAGUUGCAUAGGAGAUCUGGAGCUAAUCGAAGAGAUAGCGACACUUGCGCUCGCUGCAGACCCAAAAAAUCGCACUGAACCGUCUAGUCAGCCUUGCGAGGAAGAUAGUCGAUAUGGUGCAGGCGCAACUUUUGAUAUUAGUCCGAUUGUUUGUGGCAAGGGUUGCCCUGAAGAAUGCACCUGUAAGCAGCCAUGCCUUUGUCCGGUACACGGCUUCUACCAACCGACUGCCAUGCCUGAUGACGAAGAAUGCGAAUGCAUAGACGCCGAUGAUACUGGAAUAGUCACAGAACCGAGUCAAUCCCAAACUCAUGUCUCCGCCGCACCAUCCGCCACUGCCAGUCAGCGUACGAACCAAACGAACAAAACGAAAAGUGAUUGUACCGAAUGCAGCUGCUGCCAUUGCCAGGCGAUGCGUGAUAAACAAAACUGUUCCACCAUUGCAACUCAGAAUCAGGCGAAGGACCAAUGCAGUUGUAGUGAGCUGCGAUUUUUUAUCGAUUCCAUUAUAAUGGAUCUGGAUGCCAUGGAGCAAGCGCGACGCAAGAAAAAUGCCGAACAGAAUACGACACCUACACGUGGUAGGAUCUGCCCGCGUCAAAGCUUCCCCGUUACAAUCACAGAAGUCUCCGACCUAGGCAUCUCUUCGCUAUACGUCAAAUGGGUGAUCCACGACUGCUGUGGAAUUGGCGGCUAUGAGAUCUACGUCGACGGUUAUUUAACGAAUCGUUAUUUCCACUGUAAUCACGAAGCGGCUGUGAUUUGCGAUGUCGAUGUCACGAAGGCGCACAAGAUAGUGCUAGUUGCACAGCCGAAGCAAAGCGACUGCAGCUGCGGUGACAACAUGGAGAACAAGUGCAAGGAGUUGAUGCGUAAGGGCGAUGCCGAUAAAAUGGACAAAGCGAACGUGCCACCUUCGGCACUCUGGGUGCCCAGCAUUUAUUUAUACGAUCCUUGUGAGAAAAGGGAGGGAACGCCGAUCAAUCGCCCCAACCUUUGAAGCACACAUUUUGCGGUGGUUAUGUGCGCGUGGCUUUGUGCGAUGUUUGCUGGCAACUAAAAAUUUAGUAACGAACAAAACAAUUAAUAACGGUGUUUACGAAGUUGGAAAGGAUGAAGGGCGCGCAUAUUUUGGAACGUAGCAAAAGCUGCAUGGAAUAUAUAUCCAAAAAGAAAAAAAUAAUAAUAAUAACACAAAAACAAAAACAACACAAACGCGAAAAAUAGGGGGAUUUUUUAAAUUUAAGGUUCCCGUUAAAAUUUAAAAAUAGAAUGACGUGAAAUGCUAGUCAGUGAAAAUUAAAAGUUAAAACUAAAAAAUCACAAAUUCGCAAUUGGGCGCAAGGAAAUGAUAUCUAAAUAUAUAUAUAUGUAUAUAUAUACAUAAGUAUAUAUGUAUGGAAAUUGCCGUUAAUAACUAGGAGACGUCUUAGCAGACAAUGGCUCGAUUCAUUAAAAAGGACAAUGCACUAUAGAAUUUGCAUGCCAGAUAUUAAAAAAUUUAAAGGAAGAAAAUGAACGAAAAAACUUCAAAAAAUGUCGAAAAUACAAAAAAGAAGUGUGUAUAAUUACUAUUCGCAGCAAUUGUGUAGACAUCGAUUUGUGCAAAUUCGCUACUGAUUCAUUCGAUCCAUUAGCCAAAAUAAGCAUGUAGUUCGCAUGUUUCAGCAGUAAAUUUGUACCAAGCGAAGUCGGUAGGAGGGCCUUCACAAAAGGAACGUUGGCCCUGCGUUCAACCGUUAUGAAAAGCAAUAUGUUGCUUGUGUUGUUGUUAUUUGGCACGAACUGUACCGAACGCAUGCAAAUAACUGAGUGUAAUCAGGCAUAAAUGUACGGCGUCUCAGAUGCGUGGCCGAAGUAGUGUAAUGUACUAUAUGUAACUAUAUGUGUACGUCUUGAUAAAUAAAAUUUUAAUGUUAGUCGAAGUUAAAAAAAAAGUGCCUUAAAAUUAAUUUUAAUGAUGUAAAGCGGAGAAAUCUCACAAAACUGCAAUUAUUUUAUUUUAUUUUUAUUUAUUGCUUAAUGCGCGUAUUGUACAAACAGACGCAGAAACCAAACACAAACUGAAUAUCACAAAUGUUUCGUAGCUAAGAUUAAUGCGAAUUAAAGCCAAGUUUUUUUCAUUUAUUUCUACAUUUUAAGUUAGUAAUAUUUUUUCAUUAAAUAAAAAUCAUUGAAGAUGCUAAUAAAUUCCACAAAAACAAUGUUCAACGCGCUGGCAACACUUUUCGCAUUCAAAUGGCGGCGUUAAAACUCGAAACUCUAACGAAUUUACUAUUUAUUUACUAUUUAUUUACUGUUCUUCAUUAAAACCAAAUUUACUAAAAAAAAAAAACAAUUGCAUUCUUAAUUAAAUAUUAAUUUUUGUAUUUUCACUUGUUGCCAUUUUCCCACACUUUCCUCAUUCGCCUACAAUCAAGCACCAACUUCAUGAAUUUGUAAAUACACCAACACUUCGCAUGCUCAUUGCGGCAAAAAUGAAGUCCUAUUCUGUCGCUUAAAGAAAAACGUUAUGUUGCGUCGCUGUUUGUGCUUCACACAAAGCGCUUUUGCCUUAACAUUUACAUUUAUUUUAAACGCUAAUCAAUUUGGUGUUAACCACUCAAUACGAGUAUACCUGAACGAUGCAAUUUAUAUAUGUAUAUUGUAGACGCAUCUUAUUGCCUUGUUAAAUGUAAAGCACGUAAGUGAAUUGAAUUUAUAAAGCAAAAACAAAAACAAAAAAAUAUUAAUAUUACAUUGUAGUUAAUUGUAAAAACAUUCAACACACAUGUAGAAACACCCAUAUUUUUAAAAUAAAAUUGUCUAGCGUAUGUUUUUGCAUGUUACAAAAUACAUACAUACAUACACACAUAUGGAAAUGUUUACUAUAUAAUUACGUAUUUGUGUAGCGAAAAGCAAAUAUAUAAUUUUAAAUUGUUUUGAUUUUUUUAAAAGGAUUAAUUUC